UAAUACGGACGAUGAUUAGAUAAAUAGUCGACGAAGUCUCAUUCGCUAACUUAACUGCAUUGUGCAUGGGAAAGUUCAGUUUUCCCGAAUGUAUAAUCAUCUUGGUUGAAAUUUGGAAUUGCUUAUUACCACUGGAUAUAGGUGGUCACAGUGAUGGUUUUAUGUGGUGUAGAGAACGAUCAAUCAAUCAAAUAUCCCAACUUACGUGAACUUGAAAAGAAGCCUGUCUGCGGCAAAUUCUUGGGUAGCGCAGUGCAUCGUGAAUCACCCGUAUUAUCCAGUAACACAUUUAUUGUGGACUGUGGACGGAAGUAUUUUGCUGCAUUUAGCACAAUCUGCUUAGAAGCUACACCAUCCAAGCUAUAAGAUCUUACAGAUCAGCUUAACUCAUUGCAGAUAGUCCAUUUUCACCGGCUGGCAAAUUACUUCCUGCAUGUUUUAAUUGCCAGUAAUUUCGUUGACGAUUUGCCAUUUGGUCUGCUUGGCAUGCAACAUUAUUGGAUUAGGAGUAAAUGGGCAGUUUUGGUUGGUUGCUAUGCAUUUUUCUGCAGUGGUCCUACGGCGUUCUCCUUUGGGAGAUUUUCAGCUUGGGUGAAAAACCCUACCCAGGAUUGGCGAACCGCGAUGUGUAUGACUUCUUGAAGGAUGGUCAACGCAUGAUUGCUCCCAACAACUGUCCGCCAGAGAUCUACGGAAUAAUGCAACGUUGCUGGCAAGACAACCCCAAAUCACGGUGCACCUUCCAACAAGUUGCCAACCUGCUAGAGAGCCUACUGUCGGAGGAUAACGACUAUACGGCCUUAACUGGGGCAGGCAGGGCCGGGGAGAAUCAGGCGGAACCUCCAGAGCACCCUAAUGAGAGCUACUUGGUGCCCAAGCAGAUGGAAACUGCGUUUGGUGUAGAGGGCCCGUGGAAUGUUGACGAAGGUGCCGGUGGAAGCGGGGUGCCCCCCGCCCACGAUCGCUCUAACUACGUUAAUAAAGCUGUUACUAGAUAAAUGUAACUCUCCUGUAGGCUCACCUUCACAUAAGUCGAUCCGGAGCAAACAGGAUGAGGCUUCCCCGGCUAAAGUCCAGUGAUAAUGUAGUAAAUGUAGUACAAAAGAUACCAGUAAGUGAGGCCCAAAGUUUUGUCGCUAAGGGAGAAAAUAC